GCAGCUCCUCUACUUACGCAAUUCAUCUCUUUCCUCUCCUCUUCCUGAAACCACAGUUUCGAGCUCAAUCUUGUGCUCAGAACUACACCCCCCACUGCUCAAUCUUCGUUCUCUCUCAAAAGAACGGACGCAUUUUCUCUCUCUGCCCCACAAUGCAGCUCCUCCCGGGCUCUGCAAGGACCCUCAUGCUCAGUCUCUCGGCCUUGCUCCUCCUGUUAUGCUGCGCCACCGAGGCGCACAAUAUCACCAGCAUUCUAGCUAAGAACCCUGAGUUCUCCACCUUCAACCACUACCUCACAGUCACACACCUCGCCAACGAGAUCAACCUCCGGGAGACCAUCACUGUGUGUGCUGUCGACAAUCCCGGAAUGUCGGAUCUGCUUGCUAAAGGCCUCUCCAUCUACGCCAUCAAGAACGUCCUUUCUCUGCACAUUCUUCUCGACUACUUCGGCGCCAAGAAGCUCCACCAGAUCACCAACGGCACCGCUCUCGCCGCCACCAUGUACCAGGCUACCGGCUCCGCCCCCGGAUCCUCCGGCUUCGUCAACAUCACUGAUCUCAAAGGGGGCAAGGUAGGGUUCGGUGCCGGGGGCAACGAUGGCGACCUCACCGCUACGUUCGUUAAAUCCGUGGAGGAGAUUCCAUACAACAUCUCUGUCAUCCAGAUCAGCAAGAUCCUGCCGUCGGAAGAGGCUGAAGCUCCGACGCCGGGACCUAGCGAGCAAAACCUAACGGCUCUUAUGUCCGCGCACGGCUGCAAGGUGUUCGCGGACACAUUGGUGGCGUCGGACGCCCAGAAGACAUAUGAGGACAACCUAGAGGGAGGUUUAACUGUGUUUUGCCCUAUGGACGACGUGUUCAAGAGCUUUCUGCCCAAGUACAAGAAUCUAACGGCGGACGGGAAGCUAUCGCUGCUGUUGUACCACGGCAUUCCGGUGUACCAGUCGCUGUCGCUGUUGAAAUCCAGCAACGGAGUGAUGAACACCCUGGCCACCGACGGAGCCAAAAAGUACGAUUUCACCGUGCAGAACGACGGCGAAGUGGUGACGCUAAAGACGAAGAUUGUGACGGCGAGGAUCACCGGAACAUUACUGGACGAACAGCCGCUGGGAAUUUUCACAAUCGACAAGGUUUUGUUGCCCAAAGAAUUGUUCAAGGCCGAAGCACCGGCUCCUGCUCCCGCACCGGCGCCUGAAGCCGAUGCUCCCACUACAAAGAAGAGCUCUCCACCGGCGCCAGUCUCCCCUGCGGAAGCUCCCAACGAAGAUCCAGCGGACCAAACGGCUGAUGAUAACGGUUCCGUCAGAUAUAACGGCGGGAGAUUCGUUGCUCUACUGCUGAGCUCAUCGCUGGGCUUGCUAGUGCUGUAAGUUUUCCACUCUGAUUUUUCUUUCUUCCUGUUGUUUUUUUUUUGUUUUCUCUUUUUAAAUAAAUGAGACCGUUAGGGUUUAAUUUAUUUUUAUUAAAAUGGAUUUUUAGAGGGUGUUGAUUUUUUGAUUGUCGACGGUUGUGAUUUGUUUAAGCGGUUUGUAAGUUAGUAAAUGGUGAUUACGGUGUAGUUUUCAUUAUAAUGUCAUACCACUCGGUGUAUGCAAUCUUAGUUCUUUGUAGACACAUGCCUCUUUGGAUCAUUAGGGGCGCGUUUGGAUAUCAUUUGAGUUCAUGGUGUUCUUUC